AUGACAUCGCCGGAAGAUGCAGCGCCGGUCAAGCCUCCGCCAUCCUUCUCAGGAGCUCCCAUUGUCGUGCCAAAAUCAAGAUUCGAGGCCGACUCGGUUCAGUCGCCGCGGCCUCUCAGCUCUGAACUACGAGAGCCUCCGUCCAUUGGAUCCCCGAGAGCAUUAUUCUCUUCCCGCAGCGAAUCCCAGUCUCGCUCCGCAUCUCCGAGCAAUCGAUUAUCGGGUUCGACUUUCCUUCCCAGCAGAGCAUCACUGAGUUCACCGCUUGGCAGCCUCCCAGACAGCUCCGAUAAUACGAGGUCUCUGAUCAUACGUGCUUUUGCUCCUUCGAUCGGGAUAUUUGCUUCUGAUGAUACGGAGGAUUUGGUUAGGCAAAAGGGGUUCAAGAAUGGCUUUUUGGAGCUUCUUAGACCAUUUGGUGAGAAUAUCACGGGGAAGGUCGUUGUCAGGGACAGCGCAGGAUUGAGCCGCAGCUGGGAAGACUAUGGCGUUCGUUUCGUGAAUUUAUUGACUAAUAGCGACCGAGUGAGCCAUGCCACUUCAACAUCACCGUUGUCGCAGCUUGAAGAAGUGCUGCAAAGAAGACUUGACUUUGUCGAAGACUCAACGAAUCGGUCGUCACGUCUGAAUCAACUACCACUCACCAACAAAUACAUUGCUUCUCCGCUAUAUCAAUUACUACUUCGCCGACUAUUAUCUAUAGAUGCCCCCACGCCACACGAAACCUUCUUACAUCCGGUGGCCUGUGUGAUUGCUAUUAGUUCACAUAAUAAAGCUCCACUUGAAUCACUUCGGCAGCUCUAUGCUCAGACAACCCAAGGCGAUACAGCGCCACCUUCCUAUGUGCACCCUGAAUUCCUUCGGUACUAUGUAUUAGUCCAUGACGAAGAUCGAAGCAACAUAGAAGAAUCUACCAGGCUCUAUGACCAGAUGAAACGGCAUUUUGGUCUUCACUGUCACCUCCUUAGACUGCGCAGUGGUCAGUGUGUAGUCACAGAUGAUGAUAGUAUUGAGGUUCCAUCAUGCGAGUGGUUAUCCCCAGAGGAGGAUCUUUUGGAAAUGAACGAGAAUAAUGCGUUGAUAGACUUUGGGACAGGGGUUAAUUAUCUAUCUGAGAGUGACGUUACUGCUAUCAAGUCUUUGGUACGCGAGCUAGUCGUACAAUCUGUCAUACCCUUUAUGGAAAACAAAGUGGCGCUUUGGAACGAUCAGGUAGCAUCGCGGCGACGAGGGAUUAGUGGAAGAUUUAUGUCAAUGUCUAGAAGAUGGGCUGGCUUUGGCUCCAGUUCAAGAUCAACGACGUCGUCGGGCCCCGCUGGGGGAAUGACCGGGAACUAUAAUACACUGAAUGGGUUUUAUAAGCAUGAUGCACCUGAGGCGAUCCUUCGGAAGUUGGCUGAUUUUGCUUUCAUGUUACGAGACUAUAAACUUGCGGCAUCUACAUACGACUUGGUUCGCUCGGAUUACGCAAAUGAUAAGGCGUGGAGGUACCAUGCAGGUGCACACGAAAUGUGCGCAAUGAGCACGUUGCUCAACCCAUUGACAUCUGCUGCAAGAAGCAAGCUUGAUGGUGUGGACCAAAUGAUCGAUACAGCUUGCUACUCCUAUCUAACAAGAUGCACCGAUCCCGUUAAUACUCUACGCUGUCUCGGGCUUUCCAUUGAAUUGCUCAAAUCUAGAGGCGGUUCUGCUACUGAAGGAGCAGCGAAAUGGGCGAUGCGUGCCAUAGAAUUAGGGCUUGCUGGCCCCAUCGGACAAGCUCUUCUUACCGAACGAGUCUCGGCUUGUUAUGCUUCAAAAACGAGUACCGGAGGCGCGAAAUGGGGGGCGCGAAACAGAAAAGCUGGCAUGUGGAGUGUGCUUGCUACUGAUAGUUGGUUGAAGCUGGGCAAACCCGCGCUGGCUUCGGUUUGUCUGGAGGAAGCAGAUCGUCUGUAUGCAGAAGUUUACGACAAAGAUAGUGCUGUUCCCAUGCCUGAAAUGCGAACAUUCAUCGAUAAUUUGCAACGCGCCGUCAAACUUGAGUAUCUCGAGGCCAAGGGCGUGGAUACCAGUGACGAGGUAGUCGUCGCCAACCAGCUUGGAACAGAGGAGACCAGCGAGAAGUUAGAUAAUCGGGCCAAUCGCAAAUCAUUACUCCUGCCUGCUAGCCUUGAUGUCGGGCCUAUGCAGCAUGAAGGAAACGGCUCCAAACCGCUUGAUGAUGAUUUCGAAUAA